ACCGCGUCACUAUGGAAACGCCGUAAUUCGCGGGCCCCGGCGAGCUGGUGGCAUGGCGGAACCCAGCGCGGCGGAGCAGCGCUGGCUGCAGGCGGCUGAAGAUUUCGCCCGCCGAGCUCUCCCUGCCCGCGAAGGGCCUGGCGGGCUGGAGGCGCCGCCGCUGGACGCGGUGCUGCGGUGCCUGCGGAGGGUGGGUGGCGGGGACCUGCCACUCGGCUACAGUUUUGUCUCCAUCUCUGACCUACAGCAUCAGCAGUGUGAGCCAUGCUGCAGCCACCUGACCUGGAGCACUAAUGAGUUUAAAGAAUGGGCCCAUCAAGGACAAGAUUCUUUACCCAUGCAGAGGCCAUUGCCAAGGUCUUACCUGAUCUUGGUUGGCUAUUUAACAGAUGGGAGGCAAGAGGACAAAGAGAAGUUGGUAGAUGGUUGCCUGUAUGUGAAAGACAAUACUGGGAUAAUGCCCUGUGAGCUCCUGCAUUUUGAACUUGAGUGGCUGGAGUCACUAUUCCUCUUCCCAAGCUGGUCAUACAUACCACAGACAGACCAGAGUUCAGGGUACAUGGAAAUUCUGGUGGAUCCAGUGCCAGUUAGUCUCCUAAAGGAAGUACCUGACAGCAUUCCAGUUGCCGGCCUGGCGUCAGCAGAUCCACUGCUUACCUCCAGGAUUCCAUGUAAAAAAACAUCAAAGCUCACUGUGGCAGGUGAAUUGGCCAGACUCGGGCCUCUCCUUUGUAUUCACCACAAGACAUUCUUCUUUCUGUUUCUGAAGUGCUUCACCUCAUCUGUUUUGGUCCCUGUGCUGGUGCAGAAGUCCAACCAGCUGGCAUGGCAUCAUGUCCUCCAGUUGGGUCACAGGUACACAAUAACAGAGCUGAGUCUGUCCAGCCUGAAGAAAUCUAAACAAAGGAUGUUUGUCACUGGUGUUUCUUCCUGCCUUCUGCCUUACUGUGCAGAGCAGGUGAGGGAGCAGGCUGUGUACAGUGUUUGGCGAGGAGAAUCUACUCAGCCAUCUUUCCUUGCUGAGCAGCUCAAUGAUUCCUUGGAGCUGGGAUUUGAAGAUGAGACAACGAGAACAACCAAAGAGUCCAAGAUCAUCUCAUAUGUGGGAACUGUCACCAAAAUACUCAAUAUCCAAGCUGGUCUCUUUUUACUGGAUAACAAAGUCUGCUUGUGCCUUGCUUACCAGCAGCUGUUGAACUAUGCACGUGGACUUCGACCAGGAGCAUGUGUGGAACUCAUCGAUGUCCACCUCCUACAGAAGCCUCUGCUAUCCUUCCCUUUCAUUGUACUUGGUGCUUGCCUUAGCAGCACUGUUGUAGUGAAGAGUUUUUCAAGGCUCAGCACUCCCUAUCAGCCACCAGCCACUUCUGGAAAUCUGUACCUCCAGCUGCUCUUCCACUACAAUCUUGGUAUGCCACUUUACCUCUGGCUGGUCAGCCUCCUGGAGAUGUUUGAGGAGAGGUUUUAUUGUUUCUUUGGGCGCCGUCGACUGUUGCUUAGCUCUGCACGUCGAAACUCUGGAGCUGCUGAGAAGUUCCUUGUCCCCCUUCUACAGGCUGUGUUGCCAGAUAGAGAGAAAGAAAGAGAUGUUUAUAAUGAAAUCCUAGCAAAAAUACACCAUUGUCCCCUGCAGAAGUAUUUGACCCUGAACCCUCCCUGCCAGGCCCCAUCUCUGUCUGCAGUUCGACGUGCAGCAGAUGAGAAGAGCUGGGAAAGCUUCAGUCCAUCCCAGUUGCUCUCCCCCUUGGAGACACAGCACAUGGUCACCCAGGAGCUGAAUCGCAGGCUGGCCUGGUCCUACUGCACGUUCUCAGCAGGAAGUUUCCAGCCCCGACUGAUACUACUGGGUGUGCUGAGAGUCUCCUCCAGGACCAGUUCCCUCCAGCUACAGGACAAGACCAGCACGCUUCCCUGUGUGAUAUCACAUAAGGAUGGUAGCCCCUUUGCCUGUACAGCUCUCAUAGGAUCACUUUUGCAGGUGGAAAACUACCAACUUGUAGUGGAGAGAUUCCUUCAGACUGAUUUUCCCUCCUGGGAGUACCUGGCAAAUCUGGAGCAUGUGAGGGAGAAAAAAACCAGUGUCUAUGUGCAGUGCUACUUUGAGGAUAUUCAGGUUCUCCUGGGUACUGAAGGACAAAUCCAGAAAAGCCUUAGGAGUGGAAACAGCUCCUCUUUGAGGAAGAAUGAUAAUGGCAGUUUAACAUCUGAGCUGGAAACCCCAGAGGCAAAAAUGCUGAAAUUGGAAGAUCCCAAACCAGAAAUUCAUGGAGAUGGGAACUGUCAAGGGGGCCAGAACUACACUAGAGGAACUAUGCAUGUCUCUCGCCUAUUCCUGGUUACCCAGAAAGAGGGUCUUAUGUCACGCAAUUACCAGCUGCCCAGAGAAGAAGAUGAAAAAGGGGGAGAGCUGCAGCCCAGUUUCCAAGCCACGGUGCUCUGGCUGGGCAAACCUCUGCUCUGGAGCCAUUCCAAAGAAAUGGGGAAUCUACCAGAGCUGGAGGAGACCAGCUGUGAUGGAGAAGAGGGCAUGACACAACAAGAAGCACUACUGCUAUUUAUGGGGAAGUCUCUACGAUGGUUUCCAUUUCUGCAUCUGGAUGGACUGUAUCGCUUCAUUGUGCCCCACUGCUCGGACCUGGAGGUGUUCGACAAGCUCUGUUUUCCACCUGUGCCAGUAAAGUGCCUGAGCAGGUCAUCCUGCCCCUUAUGCCUGCCUGUUCAAGAUACCUGGCACUUAAAGCAUGAGACAUGGAUCUCCUGUCUGCCUAAGCACUGGCUGACAACCAGGUCAGUGUUGAAAGGUAUGGACCAGAGAAUUUCUUCCAUUCCAGAAGUACUUAGCGACAGUUUCACAGGUUCCCUUGUUUCUUUCUCUGGUGACAUAGUGGAGAGGACCUUGUGUGCCUCUCCCAAGAAUGAGAAAUCAUCUGCGAAUGUCGGCCUUCAAAAGCAGAAAGGGAGUCUUCUUGCCAGUGAUCACAGCGUGAAGCUCAGCAUCUCGGUAGCUCCGUGCUCCCCUAUUGUGAUGGAAGUUUAUAUUCCUGCCACCUUUCUGCAGCAUCUCUGGGGUUUGCUGCCUGGAGCCAAGAUCCUCUUCCAGAACUUGGAACGCAAAAUCUCAAGAUUCCAUAAUGUUUAUUGCACAUACAUUGCCUCCAGCUGUGUGAGCAUCAUAUGUCUGCCAGCUUCUCACCUGCCUUUUCCUUCCAGUCCUGCAGGAGAGGCCUUAUCCCCCUCACUAGUGUUUCUAUGCAACUUGCAAUCUCAGCUGCAAAACCUGCCCCAGGCACCCAGGAUUUUAUGCCACUUGUCCUGUGUACUGACUCUGUCCCUGCAAUGGGUUUGCUCACUUUGUAGCAGCAUCUUCAAAGAGGGGAGGUGCACCCGAAACAAUCCACCAUGUCCAUCACACAUAGGAGUGAGGCAAGCUAGUGCACGGGUGCUGGUGGAGGAUGGAACGGGUGAAGCCUUGGUGCUGUGCAGGAACCAGCAUGUGGCAGCAAUGCUGGGCCUGAGCCUUCCUGAGUGGGAAGCUCUGCAGAACUGUGUGCAGAGCAGAGGCAGUGUGUUCAUUCAGCAUGGGGAAGCUACUGGCACAGGGUCUGUAGAGGAACCUGAGGAUCUCAUUGCUUGCUACCUAAGGAGCCUGUGCAGGAGUCCCCUCAUCUGUCGCCCUAUCCUGCUGGAUUUCAGCCUGGACAGGAAGCCUUCCAAAAUCCUGCACACAGCUCCACUGCAGCUGAGAAAUUUUCGGUGUGGUGAAGUGGAGUUUGUGUCGCAAGUGGGGCACAGGCCGAGCCUGCUGUGCCUGAACGUGCAGGAAGUGGAAGGAGACACCUUGAGUUAUCUGAAUAGUGAGAGGAUUGUGAGGACAUCGUGUCACUGAUGAGUGGGAACCACUGCUUAACCUCUCUCCCAGUGGGAGAGGAAUUAUAGAAAUACCUACUGGGAGGGGAAAGUUUUGUAAUUUCCUUGCCAGUGGGGGCAUGGACGUGUGAGCACAGUGUGAAGAGGGCAAUCAAGAAGCUGCUAUAACUUAUGGAAUUCCAGGGGCCAUUCUAGACCACUGUCACCAGCAGUACUGGACUACAUUUUGGGAGAGGUGUUUGCUUCCUACAUGAUUGCUGUUGCUUUGGGUCUAGGGCACACAAUGUGUGUAUUUUAUGUGGUAGUAU